UCUAUAUUUAGCACAGGGCAGCGAAAGGCUUGCAGGAGCACUGGCUUUUACUGGAGCACUCACUGCGUGCAGGAGAGGACCGCUCAGCCGAUGAGCUUUUAGAUCACAAGCUUUUUUUCCUCCUAGUACAGUGCACUAUUAUAAACGAGGACUUUUAUGAAUACCGGUAAGCCACAGAAGCCAGUGCUUACAGGCCAGCGGUUUAAGACCAGGAAAAGGGAUGAAAAGGAGAAGUUUGAGCCUACGGUUUUCCGAGACACUAUUGUUCAAGGCCUCAACGAAGCAGGUGGUGAUCUUGAUGCUGUAGCCAAGUUUCUGGAUGUCACUGGGUCGAGACUAGACUACCGCCGCUAUGCCGACACCCUGUUUGACAUCCUCAUGGCUGGGAGCAUGCUUGCUCCCGGGGGAACACGCAUUGACGAUGGGGACAAGACCAAGGUGACGGAGCACUGCAUGUUCAGGACGGAGGAAAACCACACUGCUGUUCGCAGCUAUGCUCAGGUUUUCAAUAAACUUAUCAGAAGGUACAAAUAUCUGGAGAAGGCCUUUGAGGAGGAAAUCAAAAAGCUUCUUCUCUUCCUGAAGGCCUUCACUGAGUCUGAGCAGACCAAACUAGCCAUGCUAACAGGCAUCCUGUUGGCCAACGGCACUCUGCUGCCACCUAUCCUCACCAGCCUCUUCAGCGAUAACCUGGUCAAAGAAGGAAUAUCAGCCUCUUUUGCGGUGAAGAUGUUCAAAGCUUGGAUAGCAGAGAAGGACGCCAAUGCGGUGACAUCUUCCCUUAGAAAAGCCAACCUGGAUAAGAAGCUCCUGGAACUCUUCCCUGCCAAUAAGCAGAAUGUGGAGCACUUCUCAAAGUACUUCACUGAGGCAGGACUGAAGGAGCUGUCAGACUUCCUGCGCACGCAGCAGUCUCUGGGCACACGCAAGGAGCUUCAGAAAGAGCUGCAGGAGCGCCUGUCGCAGCAGUGUCCCAUCAGAGAGAUCGUGGUGUAUGUGAAAGAGGAGAUGAAGAAGAAUGAUCUUCAGGAGCAGGCUGUGAUUGGCUUACUGUGGAGCUGCCUCAUGAAUGCUGUUGAAUGGAAUAAGAAAGAGGAGCUGGUCACUGAGCAGGCCCUAAAACACCUGAAGCACUAUGCACCUCUCCUGGCUGUGUUCAGUACUCAGGGCCAAUCAGAGCUGGUCUUGCUGCUCAAGAUUCAGGAGUACUGCUACGACAACAUCCACUUCAUGAAAUCCUUCUCCAAAAUAGUGGUGCUCUUCUACAAAGCUGAUGUCCUUAGUGAGGAAGCUAUUUUGAAAUGGUACAAAGACGCCCAUGCUGCCAAAGGGAAAAGUGUGUUUUUGGAGCAAAUGAAGAAAUUUGUGGAGUGGCUUCACAAUGCGGAGGAAGAGUCUGAGUCAGAGGGGGAAGACGACUAAUCAUUUAGAGGGUU